AUGAAACACGCCAUUUUGGUUGGCAUAAGGAAUGAAGAACUCACCAAGAAGCUCAUCAGCAUGCCAACUACAGCAACACUUGAGGAAGUAAAGCUAACUUGCAGGGCUUUUGAAGCUGCAAAGAAGACAACGACUGAGCUAAAGGCUCCACAGACUUCAGUACGUGCUGUGUCAAACUACAAGAAGCAAAAGAUGGUUGCUGCUAAGCAGCCGCAACCUAAGAAAAGUUACUCGCAGGAGAAAAACCCUUCUUUCAGUAGCAGAUGCAAGAAUUGUGGUCAACAGCAUCAUAGCGACACAUGUAAGGCAGCAUCUCACAAAUGCAGGAACUGUGCUAAAACUGGCCAUUUCCCAUACACUGCUGCAUGUCCCGCAUUGGCUAAGGAGUGCCGAGUUUGCUAUAAAUUUGGCCACUAUGAUGUUUGCUGUGCACAGAAAAAGUCAAAGGGAACUAGGGAGUCGAAGGAUUUAAAGGAAAAUAAAUUGAACACCGUCAAGACAUCUUCUCCAGCUAUACGUUCAGUCGCUUUACGCCCUCAAGGUUGCCCCUCACCGCCUAUCAAUUUACAUGUUGCAUAUGGCGGUAAAUCAGGGAAGAUCAACGUUAUCCCUGAUACCGGUGCAGAUACCACUGUGUUUGGAGUGCAGCAUCUACAAGCACUGGGCAUCGGUAUCGAGGAAUUGCGGCCUCCCCCUGAAUUGCAGUUCUCCAACGCUGAUGGAUCACCCAUGGAAGGUAAAGUAUUGGGAUCAAUGGAGGCCAUGAUGACAUAUGGUAAUAUAUCAUACAAGGGGUAUAUUGACGUCCUUAGUUUUCUCCCAACACCCCUACUGUGUUAUGAUGCCCUCCGACACCUAAGGAUCAUUCCCUGGGACUUCCCGCGUCAAAUGCAAGAGAGGAAACUGAGCAGGACUUCAGUAGGAACCAGUCAGGUGCCAGCCAGCCAAGUUAUAGCAUCUGAAACUACAUCUGUUUCUCCACCCCCUGCUACAAUGUCACCGGAAGAAGCCAGGCAAUACUUUCUUAAGGAAUAUAGCGAUGUGCUAAUGACAAAGGAGCAGUUUCAUCAAGGAGCACAACUUAAGCCAAUGACUGGGCCGCCCAUGCGUAUUCACCUUAAAGAGGAUGCCAAGCCCUUUGCAAUCUACACUCCACGGACAAUACCACUAGCCUUUCAAGAGGACGUCAAGACUGAGUUAGAGGCAAUGGUAGCACAAGGUAUCAUUGAACCUGUUGGGGAUCAGCCGUCCCCAUGGUGUCACCCCUUAGUGGUUGUGCCCAAACCUACAGGUGGUGUUCGUGUCACCACAGAUUUAAGCAAGUUAAAUUCACAGGUGCAAAGGCCAGCCCAUCCUUCACCAUCACCGUUUAGUGCAAUUAGGAGCCUCAAUCCUACUUCCAGGUAUUUCUCCACUAUGGAUGCAUUGUGUUGGCAGAUCCCACUAGCAGAGGAAGACCAAGCCCUUACAACAUUCAUCACGCCCUAUGGUCGGUAUCGCUAUCGUCGUUCUCCUAUGGGAUUCAGCGCCUCAGGAGAUGCCUACUGCAGGAGAGGUGAUGUUGCCCUUCAAGGCAUCCAAAAUUGUGUUAAGGUGGUGGAUGACAUUCUUGUAUAUGAUAGGGAUUAUUAUUCUCACUUAUGCAGGGUUAACAAAGUUUGUCACGUUGUAGGACUCAUGGUAUUACUUUAA